GUUUGGGGGGUGGGGAUUGGUGACACGUCCGACCAGGAAAUCAAGACUCCGUUACAUUAAGCAUUUCAUAUAUUGAUAAAAAAAAAAAAAAAGUAUUUCACCCAAACAUGUUCUCCGCGUGAGUUGGGCUCUAUUGGAAUCUUCACUGUCUCGAAGUCUCAAGCAGACUAGUCGUCCUCUCCAAAAUUGCAGGUUCGCUCUCUCCGAUAAAUCCUAUUUAUGUUCUUCGUGGCUCUUCCUCUUGCCCGGACGAACACCCUCUGCUAUCUCUGAAAAGCCCUAGAACUUGGAACCCAUUGCAACGAUUCUCCGAGGGCUUUUCAAAUCAUUACAAUCCGAUCCAGUUAGGGUUUUCUAAAUGGAGAUCCUGGCCCCAAUCCAAUUCUCUUCCAUCCCGAGACUGCCUCUGUUCUUCUGGAUGUUCGUCCUCAUAUACCUGAUCGCAUACUUCAUCGUCUUCCGGAAUUGGAACCCUAAGCUCCGCCCCGAGGCUUCCAGCUGCCUCAUCUCGCUCGCUCAUGGCACCCCCGCCGUGUUCCUGGCAUGGUCCGCCAUUGCCUCCGACCCCAACCGCGGCUUCGCCUCCGCCAACACCGAUUUCCAGAGCACCGUUCUCGAUUACAGCAUCGCUUACUUUCUGAUGGACCUCUGCCACUACCUUGUCUUCUAUCCCAGCGACAUCCUAUUCAUAGGCCACCACUUGGCCACGCUCUUCGUCUUCGUCACUUGCCGGUACUUGGUCUUCCAUGGCGCCUACGCGAUUCUCGUCCUUCUUGUUCUUGCGGAGUUGACAAGCUUUUGCCAGAACACGUGGACUCUCGCCAGCACCCGGAGAGCCGAUGUGCCAUUUGCGGCCAAAGCGUAUGCCGUCCUGUCCCCUCCGUUUUAUGCAUUUUACUCUGUUGUUAGAGGCUUAGCUGGGCCGUUAUUUAUGUAUCAGAUGAUUAAGUUUUAUUUGGGUGGUUCUGCAGAUGGCGUGAUUCCCAGAUGGGUUUGGGUUUCCUGGGUUGUUGUAGUUGUAAUGGCCAUUUCUGUUAGCAUACUUUGGAUCUCCAAUCUCUGGAUUGAGUUGUACAGAGAAAGAGCUCGAAAAAUUGGGAAAAAAAUUGAAUAGGGGGAUUGUAUGGGUUUCCAUUC